AAAAGAACCAAGAAAAGAAAGAAUGGAGCCUUUUAUGUGAUUUGGUUUUGUCUUUCUUAGAUUCAGAAGUAUGAAAAAUCUAGAAAGAGUCGUUUUUUUUAUUAUAUAUAUAUAUAUAUAUUUAUAUAUAUGUAUAUCGUGUGUGAAAGAGGGCGUUUCUUUCAAAUAAUUUGAAGAAGUGUGCGCAUAGGAGCCAAAGGGAUUCUUCGUUUCUUUGAGUUUUUGUUCUUCGUCAUUGAAUGAUGGGUGAAUCGACUUGUCUUCUUCGAUCCUUCUCCAAUGCCACUGACACUCCCUCUUGCGUGGCAAAAGAGGUAGAUUCCGUUCGUUUGCUUGGAGAAUCGAUCUCUUUUGGGAGGUAUAUGUCGGAGAGGCUGGAUUGGGAGAAGUGGUCGGUUUUCUCCCACAAUCGCUAUGUAGAAGAAGCUGAAAAAUUCUCCAAACCAGGUUCUGUUGCUGAGAAGAAAGCGUACUUUGAGGCUCAUUACAAGAAAAAGGCAGCUCAAAAGGCAGCAGACUCGGUCCAAGAAGCGGAUAUGUUGGUUAAUGAAACUUUUGAGUCUGAAACUCGGGAUGGGAACUGCCAUAACUCAUCUAUUCAGAUGAAAUCAAAAGAGAACAGUAAUGUGACUGCCAUUGAACAGCAUGAGAAAUAUGCCAUUGGUUAUGCUGACACAAAUGAAGAUAAACGUCAUAUACAACAAAGUGAAGGAGACAUUUCGAAGAUGGAAUUACGGAAGGAUAUGGCUCAACCUCUAGUUGAUAGUCAUAAAUGGGAAACUUUUGUUGUAGUUGAUAAUUCUAACCAGUUUGAUAAUGUUGAGAAGGUUGCAGUCCCCAGAGAAGAAAAACCGUGUGAUCCGGGUAAUUCGGGGCAAAUUGAGGCAAGAGAAGUAAAGUCUUCUCCAAAAUCGUCCAACAAAGCUAAAGUAUCCAAACCUUUGCAUUCUCUUGCAGAGAGGAAGGCUACAGCACAGCCCAGAAAUAGAAUAAGCAGUAUUCCACACAGAAAAAGAGCUGUUGGAGGCUUGGCUGAAAAGAAGAGACUAUCAACAAAGUCACUUCACAUGUCAAUCAAUCUUCCUUCUUGUACUGGUGAAACAAGCAAAACAGCCUCAGUGCCGCAACAGAACAUAAUGAAAAGGAUCAAUUUAAAUUCUCCUAAUGUUUCAAGGGAUCAAGCAGUUGCACCGCGGACAUCAGUUAGGGCAAUCCGUGAUAUAUUCAAUCAAGCUUCAAUGAAUCAUCAGUCUGAGGGUAGAAGGACUGAAAGACUACUUAAUAAGUCAGUGUGUAAAGGAAUGACUGCAAGUGUUGAGCUAUCCUCCCCUUCUGUUGUAUGCCCAAAAUCACCAAGCACAAGGCUUCCACAAUCUUUGACCAUAUCAUCACCUUUCCAAUUCAGAACUGAAGGAAGAGUAGCAAAACGCAAAGAGUUCUUCCAAAGGAUGGAUGAAAUCAAAUUGAAGGAGGUGGAAAGAAUGCAGCUGCAAAGGAAAUGCAAGGAGAAAACAGAGCAUGAUCACAAGAAGUUGCAGCAGUGCAGUGGCUUUAAACCUAAACAAAAGGAGGACAAGAAUGGUGGACUUCAAUUGCCAAAUAAUGAGAUGAAAAAGACAUCACUAACACACUCUCAGUCACCAAAUCCUGGAAGCAAAGCAACUUCCAGCACAUGGCACAGCAAAAACUCACGAAACUCUUGGAGGCCACCCACCGGUAUCAGUACUCCUAAACCUGUUACAGAGAAAAUGAACCAAACAAUGAGGGGAUCAAUCACUUCACUAUCAAAAAAGGUCAGACAAGAGAAUACUCCUCCAAACAUUCAGCCUCGAGAACAUGAAAAAAGAGACUUCCUUAUACAAGCAUGUGUUUCAAGAUCACUAUGUCAAAGCCUGAGUUCUUCUCAAUGAUUGUUACGGGCUUACGAUUUGAUUCUGCUGGAAUGAUUAGACAGGAGUUUAUGCUGUGGUUUUCCCACAAUUUGGAGUAAGAUCUUUUAGUCCCUGUCUGUUGGGGGUAUUUGAGAAGUUGCAUGCUUAUAGUUGCGUAUAAGUUUUGAUGAGUUUUGGCCUUGGAUCAUUCUGUAAUUAAAAGUGUAAAGGAGACAAGGCAUUUAGAUUUGCAUCCUCCUGUGUGAUGUAAUAUAGUCGUAUGAAGAUAAAUAUAGACAGGUUUAUAUGUUUA